UCCUUACAUUGACUGUCGAACCAAGAAGAGCAGUUACAUUUUUGUCUAAGUUCCUGUAAAAAUGGAAUUUAUUUUCAAGAAGGAGCGACGCUCCUUUGGAGCCCGCGUCACCUUCGAGGACAAGGACGAGGUGGUGUUCAGCGAGAACUCCAACCCGGAGCUGGUCAAGAACUACAUCCUGCAGAACCCCGUGGAUCGGGUGACGCAAUACGCCGGCCAGACCUCACUGAGUGUGGCCAACACGGAGAGGGCCACCUACAAGAGCACGGGGAUCACCCACAAUGAGGGGGGCUGGCCGAAGGACAUCAACAUGCACGAUCCGGAGCAGACAGUGCGGUACAAGCGGAAAAUCGAGAAGGACGAGAACUAUAUCACACAGGUGAUGAAUCUCACCAAGCCCAUGGAGCACUACAUCCACCAGAACAACGCGGUGAACAUCUAUGAGAACUAUUUCGAGAACCUCGACCCCGCUCCUCUGCCCGAACCCUGUAAGUCGCGCACGGUCAAUGUCUACCGGGACCCCAAUCCCAUCAAGGUGCCGGUGAAGCAUCUGUCCUGGUCCCCGGAUGGCGGCAUCAAGAUGGCCGUGAGUCACUGCGACAUGCGCUUCCAGGGCGACAAGUCCAACCAGAAGUGCAACUCGUACAUCUGGGAGGUGGAGAACCCCAACGAGCCCUUCCUCACCCUGGAGCCGAAGGUGCCGUGCGUGUGCCUGGAGUACAACCAGAAGGAUCCAACAAGCCUCGUGAGUGGCAUGUACAAUGGUCAGGUGGCCGCCUGGGACACGCGACAUGGCAAGCACCCGGUCAUGAUCAGCGAACGAGAAGUGUGCCAUCGGGAUCCGGUCAACUCGGUGCUGUGGAACAACUCGAAGAGCGGCACGGAGUUCUUCUCCGGUGGCUCCGAUGGCCAGGUGCUGUGGUGGGACACCCGAAAGCUCACCGAACCGCUGGACCGCCUGCUCAUGGAUCCGGUGAAGAGUGACGACCAGGAUCUGUCGCGAUCCUACGGCAUAUCGGUGCUGGAGUACGAGACCACCAUACCCACUAGAUUCAUGGCGGGAACCGAGAUGGGCAUGCUCUUCUCCUGCAAUCGGAAGGGCAAGACGCCCACGGAAAAAAUUCAGAUACGGAUGAUGUGCCACCUGGGCCCGGUGUAUGCCAUUACGCGGAACCCAGCCUUCGUAAAGAACUUCCUCACCGUGGGCGAUUGGUGUGCCCGGAUCUGGUCGGAGGAUUGUAGGGAGAGCUCCAUUAUCUGGACCAAAAGCAGCAGCUCUAUGCUAACUGACGGCGCUUGGAGCUAUACCAAGGUUUCGCAGUUCUUUAUCACCCGUAUGGAUGGGGUUCUGGACACCUGGGAUCUUCUGCAGCAACAGAACGAGCCGGUCCUCACGGUCAAGGUGUGCGACGAACCCCUUUAUUGUGUCAGGACCAACGAGAACGGCAAGUUUGUGAGCUGUGGCAGCCAGUUAGGUGCCACCUUCCUCAUCGAGGUGUCCGACAACAUGGUGAUGUCGGCCAAGAACGACAAACCUCUGCUUACUGCUAUGUUCGAGCGAGAGAACCGUCGCGAAAAGAUCCUGGAGGCCAAGUCACGGGAGAGCAAGCUGAAGGUCAAGGCCAACCAUGGUCAGGACCAGGGAGACACAAUGAUGAUCAACGGAAAGGUCAAUAUGGCUCCGUUCGAAGGAGCUUUCGAGCAGGCAGCCUCGGAAUAUUUUGCAGCCGUGGAACAGGAACGCCAAAGGCGACUGCCAGGCGGAAAGCGUAGAGGAUGCGGAGGAGGUUGAUGUGUCCGAGGCAGAGAGCUCAAAAUUGUAAAACUCCCAUUAAACUAUACAAUUUUCUUGUUAAAUGUAAUAAAAGGACGUAGUAAAUAAUAUAUACGUAUAAAAGGC